AUGGGUAAAGAGGUGGCAAAGGGAAUUCUCCAUGGAAGCGACGUUGCAAGUUAUGAUCUGUUGAUAUGGUAUGCAGGUUUUAAGUGUGGUUGUAGACCCAUGCUAUUCCUCGAUGGCACCCAUUUGCUAGGUAAAUAUGGUGGCAUCCUACUAGGUGCAACUGCAAAGGAUGGUAAUGAAGGUCUAUUUCAUCUGACUUUUGCUAUUGUUGAUAAUGAAACUGAUGAUAACUGGACGUGGUUCAUUUCCACUCUGGGUGAUACAAUAUAUGGUGAAGAUGACUACCACAAAAUCAUUACAUUCAUUUUAGACCGUUCUAAAGGGCUUGUUAAUGCUAUUGCCAAAGUCUUCCCCUCUGCCCCACAUGGGUACUGUCUGCGACAUCUCCAAGAAAAAUUUUUGAAGGCUAAUGGUCACCUACGGAAAGGAUUAAAAGAUGAGUGCUGGAGCUUGAUUGUUAAGAUUGCAUAUGCAUGCACAUCUUCAGAGUAUGAUGCAUCUGUUCAAGAUGAUUACCUAAUGUACAAGCGGCGCGAGAAUUGCAUGAAAUGGGAAACCCAUCUUUGCCAGGAGAUUCACAAGAAGAUUGAAAAAAAUAUUGAAGAAAGCAGAUGCUUAGUCAUAGGCCGAUCUGAUGGUGAUAUUUUUGAAGUCGUGGACAAGCAGGUCAACUAUGUCGAUUUACGUAAUAGAACUUGUUCGUGUCAUCGGUGGGAGGUGUACGGUCUUCCUUGUCAGCAUGCCUGCUGCGCAAUCUUACAAACUGAUGUAAACAUUCAUCAUUUCGUGGAAGGCUACCACACAGUCGCAUUGUACAAAGAAGCAUAUGAGAGUCCAAUAUUCCCUAUACCGAAUCACGACAAACCGAUGGAUGUGGGUCGACAUCUCUAUAUUCGUCCACCUAUUUCAAAGAAGAGACCCGGACGACCAAGAAAAAGGUGGAUUGAAUCACAAGCAUUUGGUGUUCGUGACUUACAUUGUAGUCGAUGCCACGAAGUUAGGCAUAACAGGGCCACAUGUAAUGAAGUAAUUGCAGACUAA